CGCAAAGCGCAAUAUUGGGUUGCUGUUUAGCCUUACCCAUCAGUUCUGGGAGAAACAUUUUUCCAUAGCCCUUAGUUGUUUUUUUUUUGUUAUUUUUCGCUCAAAAAAACUUGUUUCCUCCUCUUUUACUUUAACAUCUUUCUCCAUCACCAAGUGCUUGGUACUCUUCUUUUUUGUACUGGUGAAUUUCAGCAGAUUCCAGGGUGAGAAAUCAUCCCAACAAAUCUCCCCAGAACAUGGCCACUUCCAUCACUUCUAUGAAUCCUAAAGAUCGAGAAAAAUUUCUCGAAGAACUCGAGUUUCCAUUCUGUGACGAGGUCAACAAGUACGAAAAGAUGGCCAAAAUUGGACAGGGCACCUUUGGGGAAGUGUUUAAAGCCCGCCACAAAAAAACCAAAAAAAUUGUGGCUCUCAAGAAAGUGCUGAUGGAAAAUGAGAAGGAAGGGUUCCCUAUCACUGCCUUGAGAGAAAUUCGGAUUCUCCAACUUCUGAAACAUGAAAAUGUGGUCAAUCUCAUCGAAAUUUGUCGAACCAAAGUGACUCAGCUCAACAAAUUCAAGUCCACCUUUUACUUGGUCUUUGACUUUUGUGAACACGAUCUGGCUGGUUUGCUGUCAAAUGCCAAUGUCAAAUUUAGUCUGGGAGAAAUUAAGAAGGUCAUGCAGCAGCUUUUGAAUGGAUUGUAUUUUAUCCACAGUAACAAAAUCCUACACAGAGACAUGAAAGCUGCUAAUGUUUUGAUAACCAAAAGUGGUGUCCUGAAGUUGGCUGAUUUCGGUCUAGCAAGAGCAUUCAGCUUGAACAAAAAUAACCAACCAAACAGAUAUACCAACCGUGUCGUCACUUUGUGGUACCGACCACCCGAGUUGCUCUUAGGAGAACGAAAUUACGGACCCCCAGUUGACAUGUGGGGUGCUGGUUGCAUUAUGGCUGAGAUGUGGACUCGUAGCCCAAUUAUGCAGGGCAAUACUGAACAACACCAACUGACAUUGAUUUGCCAGCUCUGUGGCUCCAUCGUCCCAGAAAUUUGGCCGGACGUUGAAAAGCUGGAAUUGUACAACAAAAUGGAAUUGCCUAAAGGACAAAAACGAAAAGUGAAAGAACGCUUGAAACCGUACGUUAAGGAUCCCUAUGCUUGUGAUUUGUUGGACAAGUUGUUGACAUUGGAUCCUUCUAAGCGAGUGGAUGCCGAUGCUGCCCUUAAUCACGACUUUUUCUGGACGGACCCAAUGCCUUGCGAGCUCUCUAAGAUGCUUGGCCAGCAUGGUCAAAGUAUGUUCGAAUUUCUGGCUCCUCCACGUCGAGCUGGAAGACCACAACCUCACCCGGCUUUGCCUCAGCCUAAGCCUCAUCCGUCUGCCGACAGCAGUUACCAAGAUCGCGUGUUCUAAUUGAUUGAAUGGCAAUCCAUCAGUUUAAAAAAUGUUGUUUUCCUUUAUGUUCUCUUCCUGCUUCUAUUCCCUCGAAUGGAACGAAAUUUCCAGUGGGGUAAUGACGCUGGCUCGCUCUUUCAAUUUGACUUUCGAUGAUAAUCGACUUGAAUAUAAAAUUAUUGAACGUGUUGCCAAUGAAAAAUGUGAAGAAGAAAGAAAAAAAAAACACAA